AUGUGGCUCCUCCCGGUCCCUCCCCGCGGCCGGCCCCGGUCACGGCCCGGCCGCCCAGCCCCAGUCCAGCCCCACCCCGACCUCCGCCGCCGCCCAGCCCGGUUACACCGGCCGGGGGCACCGGGCGUACCGGGAGCAACAGAACCACCCGGGGCACCGGCACCUGCAGCACCAAGAGCACCGGAGCCCCGGGAGCGCCGGGAGUACCGGCGGUACCGGCGGUACCGGGGGUCCCGCGUCAUGAUCUGCGGCAGGAAGGCGCGUCCCGCCGCCGAGCAGCUCCGCGCCCCGUCAGAAGGUGCCGGUGGCUCCCGCCGGCCCGGGAGAGCCCUGAAGAAAAUGGGCCUGACGGAGGAUGAGGAUGUCCAGCGGAUGCUCCAGGGGUCCCUGCUCUGGAAGGUGAAGGCCAAGGGGGGCUCCAGGGCGCGGCUGUUCCGCCUGCAGGAGGACGGGGUCACCGUCUGCUUCGAGGGACGCUUCCGGCGCGCCCGCUCCCCCCAGAGCUUCUCGGUGGCGCACAUCGAGGGGGUGCGCGAGGGUCGCCAGUCGGAGGGGCUGCGCAAGCACGGGGCCGCCUUCCCCGAGCGCCACUGCUUCACCCUCGCCUUCAAGGGCCGCCGCAAGAACCUCGACCUGGCCGCCCGCGGCGAGGAGGACGCCCGGCACUGGGUGCAGGGGCUCACCAAGCUGAUGGGGCGGCUGCAGGCCAUGAGCCAGAUGGAGAAGCUCGACCAUUGGAUCCACGGGGUCCUGCAGCGAGCAGACAGGAACAAGGACAACAAGAUGUCCUUCCGGGAGGUGAAGAGCAUGCUGAGGAUGCUCAACAUCGACAUGGACGAUGUCUACGCCUCCAAGCUCUUCAAGGAGUGUGACCACUCGGGCAACGAGCGGCUGGAGGGCCGGGAGCUGGAGGAGUUCUGCCGGCGGCUGCUGCGGCGGCCGGAGCUGGAGGAGCUUUUUGGGCGUUACUCGGGUGAGGACCAGGUCCUGUCGGCCGAGGAGCUGCAGGACUUCCUGAGGGAUCAGGGCGAGGACUCCAGCCUGCGCCAGGCCCGCUCCAUCAUCCGCACCUACGAGCUCAACGAGAAGGCCAAGCGGCAGGACCUGAUGAUGCUGGACGGCUUCAUGAUGUACCUGCUCUCGGCCGCCGGUGACAUCCUCAACCAGGAGCACACCAAGGUGCACCAGGACAUGAGCCAGCCCCUGAGCCACUACUUCAUCUCCUCCUCCCACAACACCUACCUGACCCGCAACCAGAUUGGCGGCACCAGCAGCACCGAGGCCUACGUCAGGGCGCUGAGGGCAGGGUGCCGCUGUGUGGAGCUGGACUGCUGGGAGGGCUCGGACGGGGAGCCUGUCGUCUACCACGGCCACACACUCACCUCCAAAAUCCUCUUCCGCGACAUCAUCGAGAGCAUCCGCGACUCCGCCUUCGAGAAAUCCCCCUACCCCGUCAUCCUGUCCCUGGAGAACCACUGCGGGCUGGAGCAGCAGGCCACCAUGGCCCGGCACAUGAAGGCCAUCCUGGGGGACAGGCUGCUGACACAGCCCCUGCAGGGGCAGGACCCCCACGAUCUCCCCUCACCAGAGCAGCUGAAGGAAAAGAUCUUGGUGAAGGGCAAGAAGCUGCCAGAGCUGUGGCAGGAGCCACAGGGUGUCACUUCCCUUCUGGACCCCGAGGAGGAGGAAGAGGAGGAGGAGGAAGAAGAGGAGGAGAAGGUGCAGGAGAGAAGCCCCCGGCGGUCGCUGCAGUCGCUGCAGGAGAUCAAACCUCUGCAGGCCAAGGACGCGUCGCAGGUGUCCCCAGAGCUGUCGGCACUGGUGGUGUACUGCCAGGCUGUCCCCUUCCCCGGGCUGGCCCAGGCCCUGCGCCACCCCCAGCCCUGCCAGAUGUCCUCCUUCAGCGAGAGGAAGGCACGGAAGCUCAUCAAGGAGGCAGGCCCAGCGCUGGUCCGGUACAACGCCCGCCAGCUCAGCCGCGUGUACCCGCUGGGGCUCAAGAUGAACUCUGCCAACUACAACCCCCAGGAGAUGUGGAAUGCUGGCUGCCAGCUGGUGGCGCUCAACUUCCAGACGCCGGGCUACGAGAUGGACCUGAACGCCGGGCGCUUCCUGCCCAACGGGCGCUGUGGUUACGUCCUGAAGCCCCUCUGCCUGCGCAGCCCCCCCGGGGAGGGGUCCCGCCGCCUGGCACUGCACAUCAGGGUGAUCACAGCACAGCAGCUGCCCAAGCUGAACAGGGACAAGGGCAGCUCCAUCGUGGAUCCCUUCGUGCGCGUGGAGAUCCAUGGGAUCCCAGCCGACUGCGCCAAGCAACAAACCCACCACAAGCUCAACAACGGUUUCAACCCGCGCUGGGAGGAGACGCUGCGGUUCCAGGUGCGGGUGCCCGAGCUGGCCCUGGUGCGCUUCGUGGUGGAGGACUACGACAGCACCUCCUGCAACGACUUCGUGGGGCAGUUCACGCUGCCCCUGCCCAGCAUGCGCCAAGGGUACCGCCACAUCCACCUGCUCUCCAAGGACGGGGCGUCCCUGUCCCCCGCCACGCUCUUCGUGCAUGUUCGAUCCAAGAGCUUCUGAGGGCCACAGGAGGGACAACCUGGGGUCCCCGAGGUGCCCAUGGAGGGACGCCACAUCUUCAUGUGGGGGACAACAGGCUCCUCCAUGGGUGGGCA